AUGUUGGAGAAACAGCUAUCCGUUCUACUCGCAACGUAUCUGAACCGAUUUAUCUGUGAUCUGAAUGAAGAGCAACUGCGUAUCUCUCUCUGGUCUGGUGACCUGGUGUUGCGGGACCUGGAGUUGCGCACCAACAUUCUAGACCAGAUCGCCCUGUCGCUCUUCCAAGGGAAGUGGGAAAGAGGAAGCGGAAAAGGAGAGGAGGGCGUCGAUGCCGCGGAGGCCGCAGCGCAGGCUCUCUUGUUGCCAUUUACAGUUGUCAAGGGCGUGGUGAAUGAGCUGGUGAUCACCGUGCCGUGGUCGGCCCUCGAUCGGGAGCCAAUAAGUGUGGAGGUGCGCGGCGUGGAGGUUGUGUUUGGUCUCUUGCGUGGGAGACCUUACAACGCCGAAGAGGAUGCUUCCAGGGUACUUGUCGUUAAACAGAAGCAACUGCAAAUGUUUGAAAUGGAAAGAUUAGGACGCAGGCGCGGAAUUAGUCAACGAACAGCGGGAAGCCCCCUUGAAACCGGAAAAGAGGGUGGUGCGAAGCCAAAUCGCACAUAUGUUGAAAUGCUCACUGAAACAAUUACACGGAACAUCCAUAUUGUGCUGCGGGAUGUAUCUAUAAAGUACGUUUUGGACUACCACGGUCUAGCUCCAUGCUUCACGUGUGCGCUGAGUGUGGCAAUCGAUGAGGCUUACAUAACGACAACUGAUGAAGAAUGGGAGGACCGAUUCAUCAUGAACCUAUCGAUGCCAUACUGCAAAAAGGUUGUCUUUGGUGGGUUGCGUGUCUCUGUUCAUGCCAUAAAACAAAAGAAGCAAAAUAUGCAACAGCGCGAACAACCAGAGGGAGAAGAAGACAGUAAUGCGUCGCGAGCAUGGAAAGAGGAGAUGACUAUUGUUGAAAUGAUAGACCUCACAUUGCUUAUGCGUCUUGCAGCUGGUGCGCAAGAGCUUGCUACCACUGGUAAUAAUCGUGUACUGGUUUCUGCGACAACAACGCACCCUAUGAAGAUUAGGGCAUCUUUCGGAGCGUUGGGGACCAUGGCAAUGAUUAACAGCUCGCUUAGGGAUGGCCUUCUUGGGGUGAACUAUAGGCAACACCUCCACCUCCUUAAUGAAAGUGAAGGGGAGGCCGACAGAUCAACAGCCAUGGCAUCAGUAAUGUGGGCGCAACGCCGGUGGAAAUACGCUCUGUGCUGCGUAUUGGACGAUGUUCGGCGAUCGAAAAAUAAGGGAAGGGGUCAUCACUGCUUUGUUGAUAGUGUCGUGCAUUUCGGCAAGCGAAGAAGGGAGUACUGCGCAUUGUGGAAGAGAGCAAAAGGCGUGUCGUGGCUGCCGCCUCUAACGACAGAAGAGAACACCAACUUGAGUGCCCUAGAGAAGGUUCUCACACUCGAGCAAGUCCUGUUCCUACGAUGUCUUGCAUACGCAGAGCUGAGUAAAGAGAAACAAUGCUUGACGCAGCAGAAGUUGUACAUUGCGGAUGCGAUAAGACGCAAGCAACCUACCAAUGCUAAGCAGUCUGAUGCAGCAGAUAAUAAUAAUAAUAGUAGUGGUAGUAACAACAGCAGAACCAAUAGCUGGUGGUGGUGGUGGUGGGCUGGGCGAAGAAGUGCGAAAAUCAGUGACGCACCAGAUUUAACGUUAGAUGAACAGGCAACUGUGAUGGGUAGUUUUGAGUCGGAAUGGGCGUUUGGCUACGAUUUCUUACAACGCAUAGCGACAACACAUGUUGGACCAUCCAUGAAGCCAGCAUCUUUGCCAUCUACUUCAUCGAGCGGAACACCUUUUGCUAUUGAAGUCAAGAUCCGGAGGGUGGAUAUGGAGUUUUACCCACAUACGUGGAGGGGUGACGUUUCGGAGAAGAAACCAACUUUGGCGUAUUUAGAAAACAUUAAACAGCACCUGCAGGCCUCCUUUAACGAGGUAGAAUACGGACAUUUCGUGAACGCUAUGCCGAGGGAUGGUCUGGUUGGGAUUACCUUUGGCGUUGGAAGUUGUUCUAUUGGAUUCGCCGGGUCGUUGCUCUCACCACUUGUGGAGUCUUCUGUGAGACGCAAAAAAUUGGCAACGGAGAGUAGUAAUGAGAAUCGUAGCUUUACGCGCGAACGCUGGCUCUCCAUCAACGUGAACGAGACCUGCUCGGUAGUGAGUGGUUCGUUGGAAGCGACUAGCAUCACUGUACAGCCGCUUUGCGAACUACAAUGGUGGUUGGGUGGCAUUCGCAGCUUUUUAGAAAUAUUGCCCUUAUUUACGCAAAAAGCUACACCGUUGUGCGAAUUAUCAGCUCCACCCCGCUCCUCGUCAGUUCCUCCUCCUGUUCCUGUUCCUGUUCCUGUGGUGGACUUUAACAUUGCUGAGGUUAUUCUUACCAUGCCUUUGACCACUGGUAAAACGGAAAGAAGCGAUUUGUCUCUUUAUGUUCCGGAGAUCUUUCUUUCAACGGUGGGUUCUGAUGAAACGCAUAACGCGCAUGAACCAGUUUCCAUGGUGAAAUGGCGUUUCUCUGCGGGUGGCGAGAAACCGGUUAGACUUUGUUGUGAGGGUAUAGCUGAUGUGGUGACGCUUUCAUAUGUGGAAGUGGACAUGUCACUUGGGAAACGGUUAAGUGUCUUUGUGAGGACGCGUCUGGAAGUGUCGGUUGACCCAGUUAUCUUUGGUCUCAUGAACGAUCACCUCGAGAGCCUGAUACUCGUGCAGCAGGAUACGGGUAGAUCGCUCGUUUCUAUUAUUGAUGCAAAUGACGGAGAGUGGCAUCUGGAGUCCAACGGCGCCUUGAUCGUUGGUAGCACUGUAGUUGCGUUUCCAGAAGUAAAAUGUCGAAGCUAUCUCAUCUUACUCUACCAAAUAGCGUGCGCGAGAGAGAUGGGUUACAAAAAAGCACAUGAACCACGUGUCUCCACCACAGUUGCAACAGCUACGCCGUUCUUGGAACGGUUUGCAGUGAGUGUGGACUUUGCACAUGCCACAGUACGUGAUGCGAAUCAUGAGGACGUUGUGAAUAUUGAGCUGCCAGGACAUGUUACUAUGGAGAACGGUGAAUUAACAUCGUUGCUUCCACUUCCCUCCCAAGGGGCCUUGACACUAGAGGUGACAUGCGCAGGCGCUUCUGGUUACGAUUUCUUGCUGCAGCUACCGGAUGUGCACGUUACUUCUCCCUCUGGUCAGCAUGUGCUCGUACUCGAAGCCCUUACAUUGUUGUCUCGUGCCUCGUUGGGGGUGCUUUCUGUUGAUGCCAGAGCACUGCAAGUCUUGCUCUGUCAUUCCCUUGUUGACUGUGUUGAAGUACUGCUAACUUCGUGCGCAUCAUUGCAGCUACAUCCACACUCGUCAUUAGUGUCUUCCAUAAAAUGGAAUAAGGCUGGUGAUGAUCGUGCGGUGUCAGACACAAAUGCUGCUGGUGCUGCUACUUAUGCCACUAAACGGGUGAUGAACGUUUCGCUGAAAAGGAUGGAUGUUCGUCUCUUGAUAGAAAAACUGGACGAGAGCGUCUCUGCAUGUGUUAGUGAUUUAAUACUGUGCGUUGAUCACACGCCCACUGGACAAAAGAUGAGGCUAAGAGGCGCUCUCAACCGUAUUGAGUAUGCCGCGGAGGAUGCGGAUGGGCUGAGGACUUGCACUCUCUUUGGGCCAAGUUGCGGUGCUGUGGGUAAUGCACAACCCCUCUCAUUCAACUGCGACGUGGAGAACAAGAGGGAAUCAGAUGGCAGUAUUCGUCGUUCGGUGCUGUUUGAAACCCAGGGUGGAAGAGUUGAUGUGUUUUUUGCGUACUGGAUGCAGGUGGUAUCCCUACACCAUGACCCUAACUUUGUGCGUCUCCUGGCGCUCUUAACGUCUGGAGAUGACAAUUUCGGCUACUCUGAAGCACACACGGAGUCUUCAGCUCGUCGUCAGUUGCUGUUGCAGCAAAAAGAAAAUAGGGCGACGGAAACUAGUCAUCUAUCUACUGUAACUUCUAUCAAGGGAGAAGUGAAUGGGUUGGAAUUUCUCCUCGCCACGGAUGCUAGUCGAGAGAUUGAUGUGCAUUCUGCCAGUACAUUCACUUACUUCAACGUUGAGAAGAUUAUGCUGACAUUUGAAUCGCUGGGGGGAGAAGGAAGUGGAGGUGGUUAUAAUAGUGAAGGUGGUACGCCGCGGUUUACGACGGAGGUGAAGCUUUUCAACUCAUACCAUCUGUUUCCGACCGAAACGGAGUGUUUACUGCAUCCGUUCAUUGCGCAAGCGUCAAUGACUGUCGAGAACUACGUGCGACUUGUGCCAAACGCAGACAGGAGUGGCUACGAGUAUGCGACUGGUAACGGGAGUGAUCUUGUGGCUCAUAUGAGGAUAGGCACCCUACACAGCAGAGAUAACGACACCUACAAUACCAAUGAAGCGGGAAAGGAGGAAAGGGAGACACCAGCAGAGGCGGCAAUGGACAUGAAACUCACGACCGCUAUGCUGAAUUCCCUUUUGCGGGCACUAUAUGCCAACAUACUCAAGAAGCCCGACAGAGCGGGUUGCUCGCGGAGUGAUGCAGGGAGCACUGGAGUGACAACGGCACCAGCAGUGACGGCAGCGGAUCGUUCUACAUGUUCUGUACUUAUUACUGUCUCUUCAGCCCGCGUCGUUCUCAUCCACGAGCAGGAUGUCUUUUCGGUGCGCGCUCAGCUCCAGUUUUAUUCAUGUGGUGGGACACGCGGAGAGUCGGCGACCCAGAUGAUCCACCUAAACGCGGUAACAGUAGAUGACAUUUCACCAAGCCGACUUCUUGUGCGUCGCGAUAUCCCUGAGUGGAGACAGCGUGAUGCGUCACGGGAGCUUCUCCCAAAUCGAAAGAAGCGGAUACUGGAGGUGGAGAGCGGUUGCACCUUCAUGAUGAGCACUUUAUCAGAAGGGUCACUGACAACCACAACCGAGUACGUGUUGGACGGUGUGAAGGUGUACCCUGCACGGUCUUCCUUGGUUGCUCUAAUGAACAUGCUGCUAUGCGAUGACAUCGAAAAGGCACUGAGGGCGUCAAAGAGUAGCAGUCACAGCCGCCCCUACGUAUCGCGUGCAUCUCCCUCCUCUGUGAUGGUCGUAACGGUUCGGCAGUGCAGCGUGCACCUCGAAGAGCCCUGGGAGGAGUCUCUCGCUACCUUGUCGCUGGGAUCCGUGUCAAUGCGGCUCUACCAAUGCGGUGGUGAGAGGACAGUAGAGUUGUUGAUUCAUGAGAGGGUAACACUCGAGCCGUGCUACGUGUGUGCUGCGCAAGGGUCCAUUCUGGAGUGGGGCGAACUUCCCACCGAUUUGGCGACAAAAACUUCAGAAACAGGAGUACCAGCGUACCUCCGAAUCACUGCGACAUUGCCAAUCGAGGCGAUGGAAUCCUACCAAUUUGGUACACAAUACAAGGAAAAGCCCCAGGUGCGGUACACCAGACGUUUUGAGGUGGUGCUGCAGUCGGCAAGACUGAUUGCCAACGUGGAAUUUCUCAGGCGUCUCAUGCACUUCGCAUUAAGUGAGGUGGCAGCGUAUACCGCGUUGUUACCUGCCGCAGCGCCUGCGAACAUCGUACCCGUCACGUCAGUGCCCGCCAUAUCUGCAAGUGUGCGGGACCUGCAGGUGUUCUUCCCAAUGGAGGAGUCGUUAAGAGAAACGGGCUUUUGGCGUCUUGUUGUGCAGACGAUGGAAAUAGGUAAUGAAUGCACAGAGGUGGUUCUCGACAACACGGCGCCCGCUGGAAUGGGAUGCUUGUACUGCUUCUCUAAUACCUUCACCAUCAGCGUGUGGGGGGCGCUCCUUUCACGCGAGCCACUCUAUCCUUUGCUGCUUCCAAAUACGGUUGUGCGUNUGCAACUCCCUGUCUCUCAGAGUACGUACAGCGAGUGGCGAUCGAGUGUCUCUGUCACAUCUGAUGACCGCGCGUACAUACGCUCAAACUACAUCUUCGUUGCGCCAGCAUCGCUUUCAGCCCCCAUAUCACCGUUAUUUUCUCGUCGCAUCCACAUCAGGCCGGUAGAAGAAGUGCGCUUCUCCAUUUCUGCACACCAUAUACAUGACGCGAUGUUGGCAUUGACAGUGUUGUCGUCAUCGCACGUGGAGGAAACGCCGCUGUAUUACGCCACUCCGCCUCAGGUUGGUGAAGCAUCUCCAUACACAAGGUCCCUCUUUGCUCUGGAGCUUCCGCGCCUGUCCGUCCGUGUGACGGAGACUGGCCACGCCGCUUCUGCUGCGGCACUUGAGGAGGAAGAGAAGAACGGUGGAAUCGCUGCAAUGGCGGAACUACGCCUUCUUAGUGUCGUGACGCUCACUAUCCAAUUUGCGCCGUGUGAUGAGACUCGAAUGCGCGUGCACUUCGCGGUGAGGGGGGCGUUCGAGCUGCUUGACGGCCAAGGCGCUGUUGUUCUCUACCGGUGUGCGGCAGCAGCAGACGGCAAACAACCGCCUCGUCCACUGCUUCCUCCAGAUGACACAGGGCUGCUGCUUGAGAUAUCCGAUACAGUACAGGAGCGACGAAUGCGGGUGGAGUCGCGCGGCGUUAUCAUCUCGCUCCACCCCCACUCUGUGGAUUUUGUACUCCGUAUGCACAACUUCAUUGCUCUUGUGAAACACGAAGGCUUUUUAGGAGGGGUUGACAGUGGUGUUGGUGGCGCCACUGGUGACAAGAGUAUGUUGUCAACAAUCGAAUUGGAGGAUCGUGCUGCUUCGCAUCAGACGUCUCCUCAGCAGAGGAAAAAAACUACCUUGACUUUCCGUAUCGCCACAGCCUCGGUGAUGAUAGAGAAUACCGCACUGCUGGAGGCUCGCAAUAUGGAGGCACGGUUCAGUUGGGAUACUGUGGAACGUGACGCUGACUCUAUUCCGUACAACUUCCUCAUUGGUGAACUUUCACUGCGACGCAUGGAGAGCCAAGAGGUGUUCGUUUCUGUUUCUGCCCUUGAGUUAUCCCUAGGCGUAGGGCAGGUAAACAUACGAGCUAAAUCUUUCAUUAUCAACAACUAUGACAUGCUCUUCUACUCAGAUCUUCGUGAGUCUGUUGGGACGUUGCAUGACUACAUCACUCAGAACGUUAAAUUCUCAAAAAAGAAUGAAGAUGGGUUUAAGCAGUCUGUGAUUGUGACANGAUGGAUUUUCGUGUGUGUUUCUUCCUCUCACGACAUUCUGCGUCGAGUGGGUUGA